UCCCAGGGUUUUAAUGAGAAGGAAAGUGGAACUCAGUCAGGGAUUGGGAGCUACAAGAGGAGCUCCGCUUUGAAGCCGGAAAAAAAGUACGGAGAGAGAGCUGCGCAUGUAAUUGCUUUCGAAGCCACCGCCACUCGAGUGCCGGAAUUGUGAGUACUCUGCGCCUCCGAUCCUCGGACUGAAGUCGAAAAACUCCCCCAGCUAGGAGACUACCUUCUGCCCUCCCCACCUGACUCAGGGACUAAACAACUGCCACCCCUCCCCUGACUACCAGAUGGAAGGCAAAGGCUGACCAGCGCCGCCCCCUGGGAAGGUGGAAAUCCCCCACCCCGCCCCACCGAGUCAAGCCAAAUUCAACUUUAAUUUUCUCCACCCUCUGCUCUUAUACUUCCCACACGCCCUCCUCCUUCUCCUAUCCCUCCUCCUUACAGACAGGGGAGGAGAAAAGGGGAAUUCAGGUCGUCAUGACAGAGCCGAAGGCAAAAGAUUCCCAAGCUCCCCACGUGGCGGGCGGUGCGCCCUCCCCCACACCGGUCGGAUCGCCUCAGUCCGGACGCCGAGACGCUGGCUCCUUCCAGGCAAGUCAGACCUCGGACGCCUCGCCUGUAGUUUCGGCUAUACCCAUCUCCUCCGACGGGCUGCUCUUCCCUCAGCCCUGCCAGGGACAGGACCCGGACGGGAGCACGCAGGACCAGCAGCAGCUGUCCGACGUGGAGGGCGGGUAUCCCAGAGUUGAAGCCCCAAGCAGUGCAGGAGCUGGCAGCUCUAGACCCCCAGAAAAGGACAGAGGGCUGCUGGACAGUGUCUUGGACACACUACUGGAGCCCUCAGGCCCGGGGCAGAGCCACGCCAGCCCUCCUGCCUGUGAGUCCACCAGCCCUUGGUACCUGUUUGGUUCCGAACUUCCCGAAGACCCCAGGGUUGCCCCCGCCACCCAGGGGGUGUUGUCCCCGCUCAUGAGCCGGCCAGAGAGCAAGGCUGGCGACAGCUCCAGGACGGCAACUGCCCAAAAAGUGCUGCCCAGGGGCCUGUCACCGUCCCGGCAGCUGUUGCCCCUGACCGCUGGGAACCAUCCUUGGCGGGGGGCCGCAGUGAAACCAGCACCGCAGCCCGCUUUGGUGGACGUAGAGGAGGAGGAUGGUUUUGAGUCUGAGGGCUCCGUAGGUUCGCUUCUGAAAGGCAAAUCCCGGCCUCUGGGAGGCACGGCGGCAGCAGGAGGAACUGCGGCCACCGCUCCUGGGGUGGCAGCAGGAGGCGUCACCCUGGUCCCCAAGGAAGAUUCCCGCUUCUUGGCGCCUAAGGUCUCCCUGGUGGAGCAGGACGCGCCAGCGGCGCCCGGGUGCUCCCCGAUGGCCACCACGAUGAUGGAUUUUAUCCACGUGCCCAUUCUACCCCUCAACUCGGCCUUCCUGGCCGCCCGCACCCGCCAACUCCUGGAAGGGGAGAACUAUGACGGCGGGGCGGCGGCUGUCAGCGCCUUUGCCCCGCCGCGGGGUUCGCCCUCGGCUUCGUCCACUCAGGUAGCUGCCGGCGACUUCUCCGACUGCGCAUACCCGCCCGACGCCGAGCCCAAGGACGAUGGGUUCCCACUUUAUGGCGACUUCCAGCCGCCUGCCCUGAAGAUCAAGGAGGAAGAGGAAGGCACGGAGGCAGCUGCGCGCUCCCCGCGUCAGUACCUGGUGGCGGGUCCUAAUCCCUCUGUUUUCCCCGAUUUGCCGCUGGCUCUGCAGCCGCUACCUCCGCGAGCUCCAUCAUCCAGACCUGGGGAAGCGGCAGUGGCGGCCGCCGCACCCGCCAGUGCCUCUGUCUCCGCGGUGUCCUCGUCGGGGUCGACCCUAGAGUGCAUCUUGUACAAAGCCGAGGGCGCGCCGCCCCAGCAGGGCCCGUUUGCUCCGCCGCCUUGCAAGGCGCCAGGCGCAGGCGCCUGCCUGCUGCCCCGGGAUGGUGCCUCCACCUCGGCUACGGCUGUAGCGCCGGGAGCGGCCCCUGCGCUCUACCCUCAGCUCAGCCUCAACGGACUCCCGCAGCUCGGCUACCAGGCCGCCGUUCUCAAAGACGGCUUGCCGCAGGUCUACCAGCCUUAUCUGAACUACCUGAGGCCGGAGUCAGAUGCCAGCCAGAGCCCACAGUACAGCUUCGAGUCAUUACCUCAGAAGAUUUGUUUAAUCUGUGGGGAUGAAGCUUCAGGCUGUCAUUAUGGUGUCCUCACCUGUGGGAGCUGUAAGGUCUUCUUUAAAAGGGCAAUGGAAGGGCAGCAUAACUAUUUAUGUGCUGGAAGAAAUGACUGCAUUGUUGAUAAAAUCCGCAGAAAAAACUGCCCAGCAUGUCGCCUUAGAAAAUGCUGUCAGGCUGGCAUGGUCCUUGGAGGUCGAAAGUUUAAAAAGUUCAAUAAAGUCAGAGUUAUGAGAGCAUUGGAUGCCGUUGCUCUCCCACAGCCUGUGGGCAUUCCAAAUGAAAGCCAAGCCCUAAGCCAAAGAAUCUCCUUCUCACCAAGUCAAGAUAUACAGUUGAUCCCCCCAUUGAUCAACCUGCUAAUGAACAUUGAACCGGAUGUGAUCUAUGCAGGACAUGACAACACCAAACCUGAUACCUCCAGUUCUUUGCUGACAAGUCUUAAUCAACUAGGCGAGAGACAACUUCUUUCAGUAGUCAAGUGGUCUAAAUCAUUGCCAGGUUUUCGAAAUUUACAUAUUGAUGACCAGAUAACUCUCAUCCAGUAUUCUUGGAUGAGCUUAAUGGUGUUUGGACUAGGAUGGAGAUCUUAUAAACAUGUCAGUGGACAGAUGCUAUAUUUUGCACCUGAUCUAAUACUAAAUGAACAGAGGAUGAAGGAAUCAUCAUUCUAUUCAUUAUGCCUCACCAUGUGGCAAAUCCCACAGGAGUUUGUCAAGCUUCAAGUUAGCCAAGAAGAGUUCCUAUGUAUGAAAGUAUUGCUCCUUCUUAAUACAAUUCCUUUGGAAGGACUAAGAAGUCAAAACCAGUUUGAAGAGAUGAGAUCAUGCUACAUUAGAGAACUCAUCAAAGCAAUUGGUUUGAGGCAAAAAGGAGUUGUCUCUAGCUCACAGCGUUUCUACCAACUGACAAAACUUCUUGAUAACUUGCAUGAUCUUGUCAAACAGCUUCAUCUGUACUGCUUGAAUACAUUUAUCCAGUCCCGGGCACUGAGUGUUGAAUUUCCAGAAAUGAUGUCUGAAGUUAUUGCUGCACAGUUACCCAAGAUCUUGGCAGGGAUGGUGAAACCUCUGCUCUUUCAUAAAAAGUGAAUGCCAUUUUUAUCUUUAAAAAUUAAAUUUUGUGGUAUGUCUGUUUUUCUUUUGGUCAGGAUUAUGAGGGCUUGGGUUUUUACAAUGUUCUUCUCAAAGACUUACAUUUAUAACAUAUCAUACUGUGUAAAUUUCAGAGAAAAUUGUGAAGUUUUAAUUGGUUUCCUUUAUAAAAGACAAUUAGAAAUUUAAGGUGUUUUAGUGUACCUAUAUAUCCUUUAACAGUUUACAAGAUUGAAAUGUACUAAAAUUGAUUGCCAAAGUAAACUUAAUCUUGUCCAUACUAUUUCCUACCAUUUAGGUGAACAUUUUUAACUUUUGCAUCUAAUGAAUCUUCUACUUUAGAGGGAAAAAAAUCUUACAUGUAAAAUUAAAAAGUAAUUAUAUAUGUUCCUUCUAGGUAGCUCCCUUUGUCUCCUUGAUUAUGUUUACAAAAAUGAGUCUUCAAAAUGGUAUGCAAAAUGUUGUCUAAAUGAGUGUAUAUACAUUUUUGUGAGGAGAAAAUUCAUAACCUUCAUCAGGUUUUCCAAAGGGUUAUUAAUACAAAAAUAUAGGGAAAAAAAGAGUUUAAAAUCCCUGAAUUAGAUUGAGGGUGUGAUAUUAGGAAAAACAUCUCAUAUAUUGACUGCUUCCCAAAUUGGAAACACAAAUCUCUAAGGAAGUUAUUAAGGAGAGCUGUAUCAUUAUGACAACAGUAUUAGGGGUUUUGUAGUUUUUUACUAAAUUUUGGGGAUUUGUCCUUUAAUAAGGUAUUGCGAAUCGAAAUAGGAGUCCAAAAGAGUCUGUGGCCUAAUGCCACUCCUUACCAUCUGGGGCAGGUGGAAAAUCACUGAACCUUACUGAUUUUCAAUUUCCUCACCUUUAUCACUGUUAUAUUUCCUGCAAAAUGUUCCUUUUGGUUAGAGCUUCUUAUUCACUUCUUAAUAAAAAGAGAAAGGAAGGGAGGGAGGGAAAGAGAGUAGGGGAGGGACGAUGGGAAGAGAAAAUAAGAAACAUUAUUCUCUUUCUUUACUCAGUGGGAGAUAAUGACAAAUCACAGGCUGAAAGUUUUUGAGUGUCUUGGAUCCAAUUCUAAGAGAGAUAUUUCAAGAAAUACUAGCUACUGUCUUAAUACAACCAAUUACAAUAACUAGAAAACACAAUUCACACUGUUAUAUGAAUUGAAAAUAUUGCAUUAGAAGAUGGACAAGAGUUCUUUUCUGAGAUGAGUCACUGGAGAUCCAUUUAAUUUUUAAAGAUCUAUCUAUAUACCUGGAUAUAUAAAUACAGAUAGAUAUAUAAGAAAUAAUAGGAAAAAC